AUGGCCAGUGGGAAUGUCUGGCUAGCCAACCAGUCUCCCUGGGCGCGUGGCCUAGCAACGGAGAGGGGGCGCAGGCCUGAUGGGAAUGAUUCCACUGGAAAUGGGUACCAUCCUAAUCCUCUCAGCCUAUCAGAAGGCCGGGUUGCCAGCCUGGCGGCUCAGCCAAUCACAAGCUGUUUGUCGGUUACCCCUGCUUUCUUCCUUAGGAAAACUGCAGGACGGACUCUGCACAUCACCACCCGGCAGCUCUGUGGGCUCCCCUGGAACAGUCUGAGCUUAGCUCAGCGCGGGCUCACCAAGACCUACACUGUUGGCUGUGAGGUGGCAGUGAGUACCUGGACUUGACCUCCAACGAGAUCCCUUUCCGGGCCCUUCCCCAAAUCGUGGGCUUGUUUCUUGCUCCUCUGGCUAUUUCAGCCCUGGCUGUCUUUGUAAACCUUAAGGGCUGUCCUCGAUCUCUCUUGCUAUUUCCCAAGCCCAGUGCCUCAGCAAAUUCUGGCUGCUCCCUUGCCCCCUAGGCCCACACCAGCCAAGCCGCCUCACCUGCUCGCUGACACAGGUGCUGCUGCAUCUGCUUUGACUGCUAAUAAGUUGCAUUUAGAAGAAGCCACCGCCUCGGAGAAUCGGGGUAUUAAAGCGGCACGAGAGCUGCCACGGCCCCGGGAGGACCUCUCAGCAGUGGAGGUCCCGGAUCGGCGGUUCGGGCCGGGCAACGGGCGCGCGGUGGCUGCGCGGACGCUGCAGGUCUGCUGGCAAAUCCAUUCGGCAGAUUGGCCAAAGUUAAGUGUCCAGGUGGCGGCGCCGCAGUCUUAUGGCUAUGGCCUGGGGCAGGGGGUCCUGGGGUGGCUCCGCCAGGAGCUGGGCGGACUGCGCGUGCCCAGGAGCACAGCUGCGCUCAGGCACGAGACGACUCUCCGGCUGCCCACCGCAGACUGA